GCCAGUUUUAUAGAGCCGGGGUGGAAUACCUUGGAGGGUGAUGGCUACAGGGGAUUUACACUCUUGUGUCUCGCUGCACUCAGAUGUAUAUAAGCACACGCACCGGCAUCUGUCCGUCCCCCAUUCCGGCUGAUACUCUUUGUCUCUUGAAAUCUCUCGAUCUUCGCUCUUUGCAGUUGUCAUAUCUAACGCAUAGCAUGGCAUUAUUCCUCUUCAAGCUGUAACUCCAAAGACGUUGGCUUGCAACCCUGAAGCAUCGACAUUGUGCCGAUACACCAUCACUGACCGGCGUUUAUAUACCCAACUCGACGCCCCAUUCGAUCCCAUUCAACUAUUACGAAUAACAAAUCACUUGCGCUCGGCCACCACCCCCAACAACACAUACAACCAAAAUGCUUUCGUACAAUACCCCUAUUUCUGUGAACGGGCAGAACGCUGGACCGACCGCCGGCAUGUCAGCGCGACCCCCAUUCAAGACAGUCGGAAACAACGGGUCUGCCAAUGGAGUGUCAUCCAAUGAUGCGGUGUCAGGAACAGGACGGCACGCUCCCGAGGAGCAGCAUAUCUGGCUAGUCACCGGACCUGCUGGAUGCGGCAAGAGUACCGUGGCAAGAUACCUAGCGGAAUCUCUACAUUGGCCUUAUAUUGAAGGUGACGAGUUUCACCCACCAGCCAAUAUCGAAAAGAUGAGCGCCGGUAUCCCCCUUACCGAUGCGGACCGCUGGGAUUGGCUCACAGCUCUGCGCGAGGCAUCAAUUCGAGCUCUUGAUCAGGGCAAUAGCGGCGUAGUUUUGACGUGCUCUGCGCUGAAGCGCAAGUACCGUGAUGUCAUCAGAGUGGCCCCCUAUUUCACCCCGAAUCUUCACCUUCACUUUAUCUACCUCGAUGCGUCCGAGGAGAUCCUCCUUCAAAGAGUCCUUGCUCGCCAAAACCAUUACAUGGGUGCCAACAUGGUCCACAGCCAGUUUGAGGCUCUCGAGCCACCAACGCCUGCCGAGACGGACGUGAUCCGCAUUGACGUGAGCCGUCCUGCCGACAUGGUUAUGGCAGAUGCCCUGAACCAGGUUCUUCAUACAAUUGAUGGAAUCCAAAAGGACCAAUCGCAAUGACGGCUUCGAUGACCUGCACCGGGGGGUCCAAGGAAUGGGGGGAAAAGGAGACACAAUGCACAACACCUGCAUAUGGCGCUAAGCCCUCGAGGUUCCUGAGCGGCCUGUUUGCCCCACCGUGGCAUGGCAUUAUCUUGGGAGUUUGCUUUUUCAUGUUGGAAGCUGUUUGGGCGUUUUGUUUUCAGGUCAUGUUUUUUUUGUUUCGAUGUUGAUUUUUCUUUUUUCUUCUUUUCAACAGGCGUACUUGCUUCGGAUGGGGUCAAAGGAUAUGGGCAGGGGAGAUCUGCGUACUGGAAGCGGAUUUUGGUUACUUUUGCUAGCAACGCAGAGCAUGGCAAUUCGCCAAAGCUCUGCAUUUUUUUUUUUCCCCGGUUGGCGUUGGUGUGGGAUGCUUUGCAAACAAGCAAGCAGGAGCAAUUGGUCUAUUGUUAUCAUGGAGGAAUAGCAAUUUUUCGGGACGGGUGUGUUCCCCAUGUAUCUUUGGGAAGCGAUGGCGAGGAGUAAGUACCGUUAAGGGUAUGGCUUGGUUCAAGGAGGUAAACAAGCACAAAAAGACUUAAAUGUUGGUUCAUGAACGGUGGAUUUAUUGUUUGUCUCCUAGUGAUCCCUCUACUGCUUCUCUCAUGCAUCGGUCCGCAUGCGAGCCCGUUGCCUUGAUCGUUCCACAGUUGACAGUUCCGCAUUUGCAGAAGCAUGCAACAGGCAGACGAAAGACCCGUGCUCCCAGGACUGACAAGCGUUGCACACAAGGCAAAUCAUCUCAAGGCAAAUUAACUCAAUGUGGAAUAUGGGCAAGUCAAAUUACAAAGCAAUUUUAGAGUC